CCCUUUUUGCAAAGAUAAAGGACCACUUAUGUUCAGCCUUAUAUAAUAGGGACUUAAAUGAACCUGCUAUUUAAAGUUAAAGGACUAUUUAAACUGUUUUCUCAAGCUGUUUACCAUCUUAUAUGCUUUAUCCAUUUUGUUUGCUGAUACUCAUAUUUGUGUUCUUCUCUUAGUAUUCUUUUGCAGUGCUUUUGCAGCUUGUUGCCCAUCUGCUAUUGAAAGCUUUCAGAUCAUAUUUGCAAAGUACAAACGAGAAUACAGUAGAUAUGGCUUAUGCAAGUGUGGCUUCUCUUAUGAGAACCAUUGAACUUCUCUUGACAUCCCAUUGGUCAACGCAAUCUCUAAUCUGUGAUCAUAGAGAAGAAUUUCUCGGUCUUCAUGAAAAAGCUAGUUCCCUGGAAGUAUUUCUCAAGAACUUUGAGAAAAGCAAUGUUUCUGGGGAAAUGACAGAUUUGGAAGUAAAGGUAAAAGAAGUUGCAAAUGAUGUUGAAUACACAAUUCAACUGAGACUAACAGAAACUGUAAAGGGAACAAAUAAAAGCCAGAAAAGAAAGGCACGUCGAAGGUUCUGUCAAAGCCUGCAACGGAUAGCAGGGGACAUUGACCGUGUCUUGAAAGAGUCAACAAAGAUUCAAGAUAAAGGCAAACACGCAUCAAAGAAAUCAUUGGUUCAAGAUUUUUCAAGUUCAGCAAAAAAUAUUCUAAAUGUUAAGAACAAUAUGGUUGGACGUGAUGAUCAAAGGGAAAGGUUGCUGGCAGAACUGACUCAAUACAGUGGCUUGUCUCGUCAACUCAAAGUCAUCCCGAUCAUCGGGAUGGGAGGCAUUGGUAAAACAACUUUAGCAAAAGAAGUUUACAAUGAUGCGUACCUUUGUUCUCAUUUUGAUGUUCGUGGUUGGGCUACUGUAUCUAGCCAACACAAUGUAAAGGAAAUCUUGCUAAGCCUUCUGCGUUCUACAAAAGAAUUGGAUGGCAAAUUUCACAAGAAAGAUGAAGGAGAGCUAGCUGACAUGCUACGAAAGAGUUUGAUGGGCAAGAGAUAUUUAAUUGUCAUGGAUGACAUGUGGAGCAGUAAAGCAUGGGAUGACGUGAGGCUAUGCUUUCCUAGUGAAAACAAAGGGAGUCGAAUACUGUUGACUACCCGUAACAGUGAAGUAGCUUGUUCUGCUGGUACGGAGAAUCGUUCUUUGAAGAUGGGUUUCAUGGAUACGGAUGAGAGUUGGAACCUUUUCCAAAGUAUUGUGUUCUCAAAUGAAGAAUUACCAUCUGAUGAAUUUGAGACUAUUGGGAAGCAAAUUGUAGACAAAUGUGAAGGCUUACCUCUAACUGUUGUCGUGGUAGCUGGGUUUCUGUCCAAAUCAGAAAGGACAAUAGAAGAUUGGGAAAGUGUUGCCAAAGAUGUCAAGUCAUUUGUAACAAAUGAUCCUGGUAAACAAUGUUUACAUGUGCUUGGGUUGAGUUAUAAUCACUUGACCAGCAAUCUAAAAGCAUGCCUUCUAUAUUUUGGAUUUUUUCCAGAAGACUAUAAGAUUUCAGCGAAGACAUUGGUGAGAUUAUGGAUCGCCGAAGGUUUUCUGAAGUUGGAAAAAGACUUGGAAGGGGAGGCUGAGAAGUGUUUACAAGAUCUUGUUGACAGAUGUCUUGUUCUCGUUAGCGAGAAAAGUAUGGAUGAAUCAAAAAUUAAAUCAUGUAAGGUUCAUGAUCUAAUACAUGAGUUGUGCUUGAGAGAAGCUAAAAGACAAAAUAUUUUUGUCAUGAAAGACAUUGCAUGUAAUGACUAUGAUUCUUAUAGGGCCCUUCUUACCCCUGGACAUCAUCAUUGGAUAAGGAGGCAGACAUAUGAUGAAGACAACAAUCUCUUGAAUCUAACUCGUUCACUUUAUCGAACUCGUUCACUUUUCUUUCUUCCUGAAUCUUACCCUUAUAGAUUUACUCUCAAAGCAGGGCUUAAUCAUUUCAAUUUACUCAGAAUCUUGGACUUGAGCCCCAUAAAUUGCAAAAUAUUCCCUCCUGAGAUACUGUGCCUCAUUUGGUUGAGGUACCUUGCAAUGUACGGGGAUUUUCACAUACCUUCAGAAAUUUGCAGGUUAUGGAAUCUACAAACAUUCAUUGUUGGAAGUGAUGAUUGGGCAUCUAGAAAUGUUUCAGAGACAAUUUGGGAACUGAAGCAAUUAAGGCAUCUGGUACUCGCAAGAUAUUAUUUGCCAAAUCGAUUUUAUUUGCCAAAUCCCCCAAAUGUAUCUGUUGGUGAAGAGAGACACUUAUAUUUUCCAAACAUACAAACUAUUUCUGGUUUGUCUCCAAGUAGUUGCACAAAGGAGGUUAUUUCAGGGAUUUGGAAUGCUAAAAAGUUAAGAAUCUAUGGAGAGGAAGAUGACUAUGAAAGUUGUGAAGAAUCUAGACUUCUCGAAAAUCUUGUCCAUCUACAUCAACUUGAAAAAUUGAGUUUUUAUGGACCAUUACAGACCAUUCCAAGUGUGAAAGCUUUUCCAGCAAUGCUCAAGAAGUUACAGUUCGAAGAAACUAAACUAAGGUGGGAGGAGUUGGACAUCAUAGGUGAGAUACCUAACCUUGAGGUGCUGAAGCUAAGAUGGUAUGCUUGUCAGGGUGAAGAAUGGCAUCCAAUUGCAGGCGGAUUUACUCGAUUGAAGCUUUUGCUAAUUGAAAAUUGUGAUCUCGAGUACUGGAAAGCCACGAAUGACAAUUUUCCUGUCCUUGAGCGCCUUGUGAUUAAAGAAUGCUGGUAUUUGGAAGAGAUACCCAUUGAGUUUGCAGAAAUUGACCCACUGCAACUAAUUGAGUUAGUUGGUUGUAAACCCGAACUCGAGGCUUCUGCUCAACGAAUUCAACAAGAACAAGAAGAACUCGGAAACAAACCCGUGGAUGUUCGCAUCUCCAGUAAAUAGUGUUGCAGAGAGGAGGUGUUUUCAAGGGUUUGGGACAUUAGAGAGUUAUGACUUUUUUGGCUAUAGAGAUGACUAUGAAAGUUGUAAGGAAUCCAAAUACUUCAAUAAUCUUGUCCAUCUUCGUCAACUGGAAUCAUUGAGGUAUCACUAGUGCAUAUUCAAUUAAAAUGCAAAAGUUUUUGCAGAAACACUCAAGAAGUUGAAGUUGGUCAUAUAGAGGUAUGCUCUUUAUGGUCAUAUAGAGAGGUAUGCUCCAUAUGGUCAUCUCUUAGUAAAUUUUGUGAACACUUCAGAAAACGAAAAUGCACUAAACUAGUAAAGAAAUGAAAUGGACCUUUUGUGGAGGCAAAUUUUGAGAAUAAUAGCCUGUUUGACCAAGCUUUCAAAAUUUGCUUAUUUUUAACCGGUACUUUUCUAUCAUAGGAGCUUUUUGAAAAAAUACUUUUUGGAGAGAGCAAUUUGUGUUCGGCUAAUUAAGUUGUAAAAAUUACUUUUUCCAAUAUUAGCGCCACAAUUUGUGCUUGGCCAAAGUUUUAAAAGUGCUUUUAGGGAAAAACUACUUCUUUUAGCUUCUAUUACUAUUCAAAAAAAAAAAUUCUCGAAGCUUGGCCAAACACUUGAACUCUCUAAAACAAGCAUUUUUUUGUUGUUGAAAGAAUAAGCACUUUUGGCUUCAUAGAAGCUUGACCACAUAGGCUAUAAAUCGAUGCCCGCCGAUCGGCUUCGAACAUGUCAACUCUUUUCCAAACAAUUUUCACUUCCAACUAACUACUACUAUUUCCGGAUCUAAAAAAGAGUUCACUUAGUCAUUUGUACAUCUCUUGAGAAAUUACUCACUCCAAGAAAAAAAAUAUGUGAAUUGACUAAACUACUCCUAAUUAAAUAGACAUUGGGAUUUGACCACAUAAGAGGCAAAUCUAUGAUUUCUGAAACAUGGGUUCACCACUAAAAAAAAUAAGGAAAAAAUGUAUUAAGUGGGACUUGAUAUCUCUAGACAUCUAUGUAAUUAACUCAGCCUCCAACCAAGUGCACCAUUUAGCUUUCUUGUAGCAUGUGUUACACCAGAUAGUAUUAUACUACUUUUAAAAAAUAUACAUAAAAUA